AUGAUCUGCGACCCGCUCGACUGCGGCGGCGGACGCACGCCUAUCAAGAAGGACGUCCCCGGCUGCCCCGCCUACACCGGCACCCUGACGCGCGCGACGUCCGCAUCAUUCCCUCUCCUACUAGCCGUCUACCACAGAGAGCCCCAGCGACCCUACGUCGGCCACAGAGACGGGGAUGGGGACGGAGGCGAUGGUGACUGGCAGCAAUCCUCCGGCGCCCACCACCACGGGGAUGGGGACGGAAACGGGUACUGGUGGUACUGCUCCGGGCAUCACGCAGCCGCCGGCUCCCUGGACGGGCGAUGA